AUGGAACAGAGUAUUUCAUGGGAGAUAGGCAAAGCCGAAGCUCUCAACCUUCGCGGCACUUUCAAGUUCCUUAUGGGUGAUGUGUCUGGGGCCAAGGAUGACCUGUACGAAUCCGUCAAGAUCUUUCCCUCCUUGACACAAAGCUGGGUGAAGAUCGCAAGCGUGCACAUGGAGCAAGGCGAGGGUAUAAAGGCCUUUGAGUGCUUCGAGGAAGCGAUCAAGCACAACCCCCAGGACCCCGACAUCUAUUAUCACCAUGGACAAGUUCUCUUCAUCACUAAUGAAUUCAAGGAGGCCGCAGACAAUUACACUAAGUCCAGCGAGCUCGAUGACACAUUUGUAUUCUCACAUAUCCAGCUUGCCGUUGCCCUGUACAAGAUGGGUGAACUUGCACGGAGUAUGGCAACUUUCAGAUGGACGAUGACCAAUUUCCCUCAACGGAGCGAGCCUCAGAACUACUAUGGCGAACUGUUGUUGGACCAACAGCUUAUGGAUUUUAUCUUUCUCUUCAAUAUAUCGACUCACUUCCACUCAACCAGACCUCCCCCGAUGAAUGUUCUCCCUCUUGUUAACAAGGGCCUUGCCAUCUACCAAUGGAAACAGGACAUUACUGCUGCAGAACAGUGCUGUGAUGAAGCUUUGCGAAUUGAUCCUGAGUGCGAACCUGCAGUUGCCACACUUGCCCAACUAUCGCUGCAACAGGGCAAGAUUGAUCGUGCUGUUGAGAUGUUCAAGAGGCAAGCGGAACUGGCACGCAGCGAACCCGAGCUGAUCAAUGCCCUUACGUACCAAUAUGCAAGCACGGCACAGUUGGAGUUCACACGCAACUAUCCCGAGAUGGCAGAGCAAUUGGCUCAGAUUGCAAGGUCGAUG